GUGUGUGUGUGUGUGUGUGUGUGUGUGUGUGUGUGUGUGUGUGUGUGUGUGUGUGUGUGUGUGUGUGUGUGGGGUGGGAUCUCGCUCACGUUGCUGCUGCUGCUGACUGACACUACAGUCGAGCAACAGUCAGAAAAGUAGUUUGGUGCUACGUGAUUAUUUGUCUUCGCUGCCAUGGAGUCACUGGAGAAAAGUCACCGAUACCUAUCAUCAAUAUGCUGUGUUUUUGUGUUGUGUGUCCAACUGCAGUUGGGUUUGACGGGAGACUGCCCUGCAGACGGACGCACCUGGGUACCAUUUGGAGGCAGAUGUUACUACUUUGUCCAUGGAGAAGAAGACACAAUCAAAAGCUACACUUUUGAAAGAGCAAAAACACUCUGCCAAGGAUUUGAGCUUUUGACCAUCCAGAGCGCUGAGGAGAAUGACUUUGUCAUUAAAUAUAGCCCAGCAGUGUGGAAAAACAAUGUCAACGUGUGGCUGGGAAUGUAUUAUGACACAAACAGUGACGACAUGAGGUGGUUCGGUGAGCAACCUGUAGGAUUCAGUAACUGGGAAGACAGCUUUUCUUCAUCAGACCUCGUGCCCUUGGAUACAUGUGUGGCUCUGCACAGCAACACAGGAAAGUGGGAAAAUGUCAGCUGCCUCGAACAGGCGGAAAAUGGAGUGGUCUGUGAGACAAAUCAGAAGGCAGAGGAAGCCAAGCAGAAACCCAGCGCACUGCUGUCCGCCCUGGUCAUUCUCAGCGUGAUGGCUAUCAUGGGAGUCUCAGCAGUCAUCUGGUUCCUGCAACAUAAGUACAAAGUUGGCUCCACUAUCCUCACAGCAUUCGAGUACCACCCCCCGUUCCGAGUCCUGGACACAGACAGGUCCUGUCUGGUGGAGGCUGAGGAGACUGACAGCGUGCCAUAGGAGAACCUUCCCUCUGUUCCACAACAGGAAGCACCAGGCCCUCCUCACUGGGUCUGUGUUCAUGCAUAGAGAAAACAGUUACUGACGCAGUUUUGGGUUAACACGUUACACACAUGACUCAGAAUAAUUUAUAAACUGAUGUCAGGCUUAUUCUAAUACCAACGUCUCACUGUUGCACAUUAAUUGCUUCUGCUUUUUUUUCGUCAUCUGCACUAAUGAACAAUCAUCUGUACAUUUUUCAGAUUGGUAUAACUGAAACUUUGCAGAGUAACAUUAUCAGGCACUACACAUUCCUUGAUAACCUUUGGUAUCAGUAUUUCUCUCUUGUAUAUUAAAAGUAACUAACUAUUGCUCAUGGAAGGGAUUAAAUAAAGAGCAAAGCUUUCAUACUUUUCUGUGAGCAGACAGAAAUGCUCAGCAAUUUAAUAUUGCAUUGCCAUAAAACAUGAGGGACUUCAAAAUGGAAGAUUGAAAUUAGAAUGGGCAAUUGAUGCAGCAGAGAGUGAGACAAACUGAUGUUUAGUCCCUAGUGUGGAUCAAGCUCCAAAAAUGCUGGAUUCUACAUUUCAAAUAAUGCAACCAAUCGCAUGCUUCCAUUAGAGUCUGACUGCCUGGUAAAUGCUCAUGUCUUUUAAACCAGUGGAGUCCCUUUUGAGCAGUAUUCAAAGAAAAAAGGAAUUCUCAAUCACAGGCUAGCAAGGGCACAUGUAAAUAGCUUGAUCUGAACAAAAACCCAGCUUGCGUUUGAGCAAUUGCCUUGUUAUUUUACUCAUGUAAAUGUAGCCAUUGAGGUAGAUUAGCAUAGUCCAUAAAGCAGAUUCUUUUCCAGUUAAAUAUAAUUUUGAAAUGGAAAACUGUCCUAAACCAAUACUGCUAGAGAAUGUCCUGACAUGUUUCCUUGCAUUAUGUCCUGGGCUUCGUUUUUAUUGUGGCAAGGUAUGAGACUUGCCAAAAUAAAACCAAGAAAGCAACAUUUGUUAUAAAUCAUAACACUGAUAAAACUGUCUGCAUUCAUCCCAGGAUAUUUUCAAGGUGGCUUUUAUGACAAUGAUCUAUAUUCACAGUUCUCCCGUCCUUUAUUUACUCAUCAAAAGAGUUUCCUUGUUGCCCCAUGAAAUCCAAUCUUGACCUUAUCAUUUUUUGGAGAGUGGUCAUGAUUUAGGUGGUGAAAUAAGUUCUCCUGUGGCAAUAUAGAAAAUCAACAUGGUAUGUGAUGGGUGUAGUUUAGAAUUAUCACAAGAUAUUUAUAUUACAUUGUGUAAAAUACCCCUCUUAAUACUUACAUACACUUUUAACAGCAUACAUUCUUUUGUGCAAUAUUUGAGAUCAAUUUGGCAGGAUCUGAGCCCCUGUGUAUUUUUCAUAAUAAAGUGUAUGUA